AUGGUUCAAUUAGUUAACGUCCCUGUUGGUGAACCAGAAAGAGCUGGUGAAACCGCCCCAAGAAGAAAUGCUAAAUUAAAAGAUUUGACCGCAAUUAAAAGACCUGCUGGUUAUAAGGCAAAUACUGUUUAUGAAUUCAUUUUAGAAGCUUUUGAAAGAGGUGGUGAUCGUGAUGCUAUGGGUUAUAGAAAUAUUAAAGAAGUUCAUAAGGAAAAGAAGAAAGUUAAAAAAAUGGUUGAUGGUGAAGAACAAGAAGUUGAUAAAACUUGGUUAUAUUAUGAAUUAUCCGAUUACAAGUAUGAAAGUUAUAGACAAGUUAACAAAUAUAUACAUGAUUAUGGUCGUGGUCUAGUUCAAUUAGGUUUAAAACCAAGUGGUGAACAUAAAUUACAUAUUUUUGCUUCAACUUCUCAUAAAUGGAUGAAAACUUUCUUAGCUGCUCAAACUCAAUCAAUUCCAAUUGUUACAGCUUAUGAUACUUUAGGUGAAAAAGGUUUAACUCAUUCAUUAGUUCAAACUGAAUCAAAUGCCAUCUUUACUGAUAACCAUCUUUUAUCAGCUUUAAUCAAUCCUUUACAAAAAGCUAAAGAAAUUAAAUUCAUUAUUCAUUCAGAACCGAUUGAUUCAAAUGAUAAAAGACAAGAAGGUGAAUUAUAUCAAGAAGCUAAAACCGCUGUUGAUAAAAUCUUAGAAGUUAGACCUGAUAUUAAAAUUGUUUCAUUAGAUGAAGUUCAUAAAUUAGGUCAAGAAUCUCAAGAUAUUCAAGUUCAUCCACCUUCACCUGAAGAUUUAUCUUGUAUUAUGUAUACUUCAGGUUCAACUGGUGAUCCAAAAGGUGUUGUUUUAACACAUGAAAAUAUCUUAUCUGGUGUUGCUGGUGUUUCAUUUAUUAUUGAUCGUAAAUUAAUUAAUGAAAAAGAUCGUAUUAUUGCAUUUUUACCAUUAGCUCAUAUUUUUGAAUUAGCUUUUGAAUUAAUUGCAUUCUAUUGGAACGGUGUUAUUGGUUAUGCCAAUGUUAAAACUUUAACUGAUGUUUCAACAAGAAAUUCAGAUGGUGAUAUUAAAACUUUUAAACCAACAAUUAUGGUUGCAGUUGCUGCAGUUUGGGAAACUAUUAAAAAGGGUAUUACAGCAAAAAUUGCUAAACAACCUUCAUUUACUCAAAAAUUAUUUUGGACUUGUUAUAAUUAUAAAUUGAAAAAUUGGAAAGUUCCUGGUUCUUCAUAUUUAAUUGAUAAUUUUAUUUUUAAAAAAGUUAAAGAAGCAACUGGUGGUCAAUUAAGAUAUGUUUUAAAUGGUGGUUCUCCAAUUUCAAAAGAUACUCAAAUUUUCAUUUCAAAUUUAUUAUGUCCAAUGUUGAUUGGUUAUGGUUUAACUGAAACCGUUGCAAACACUACAGUUGUUGAUCCAAACUCAUUUGAAUAUGAUGUUCAAGGUGCUCUUUCUGGUGCAAUUACUGUUAAAUUAGUUGAUGUUGCAGAUGCUGGUUAUUAUGCUAAGAAUGAUCAAGGUGAAAUUUGGAUUAGAGGUUAUCCAGUCUUGACAGAAUAUUAUAAAAAUCCAAAAGAAACUGAAGAAGCUUUUGAUUCAGAAGGUUGGUUCAAGACUGGUGAUAUUGGUGAAUGGACUAAAACUGGUCAAUUAAAAAUUAUUGAUCGUAAGAAAAAUUUAGUUAAAACUUUAAAUGGUGAAUAUAUUGCAUUAGAAAAAUUAGAAUCUGUUUAUCGUUCAAAUACUUAUGUUGCAAACAUUUGUGUUUAUGCUGAUCAAGAUCAUGCUAAACCAGUUGGUAUUGUUGUUCCAAAUGAAAAUGCUAUUAGAUCAUUAGCAUUAGAAUUAGGUUUAAUUAAAAAUGAAAAUGAAGAUAUUCAUAAAGCUUUACAUGAUUCAAAAUUAACUAAUAAAGUUUUAAAUGCAUUAUUAAGUACUGCAAAAUCUCAAGGAUUAAAUGGUAUUGAAUUAAUUCAAGGUUUAGUUUUAUCUGAUGAAGAAUGGACUCCACAAAAUGGAUUUGUUACAUCUGCACAAAAAUUACAAAGAAAGAAAAUUUUAGAAGCUAAUAAAAAAGGUGUUGAUAAAGCUUAUUCAAAAUAA